AUGCAGAAUACAUUUCCGAACCUAAAUGGAGCUAGCAUGACGCUAUCAAUGCAUGAUAUUGAAACAAAUGACGAGAUGGAGGAUCAAAUUCUUUUCGAAAGAGCUGCUACUAUGUUAAAUUCAUCUGCUUAUUUUAGAUCCAGGCUGAAUUUGGUACCCCAAAGGCACAAUAUCACUGAAGAUGAUAAGAAGGAAGAAGAAAAGGACGAUGAAGAGAUAUGUACGGUGCAUACCAAAUUUACUGAAGGACCUCAAAUCUAUACGGAACGAUUUAGGCAUGAAAACAAUCAUGGAACGAAAGAAUGUCAUGAACAAUACAGAAUCAGCUUAUGCAAUAAGUCCUGCAACAGCUCGAACACUUCGUAA